ACUCGACGACCGACCGCCGAUCGGGGGUGUCGCAGUGUCUCGUCCUCGAUCAUCAGGGUGGUUCGCCAGAGCAUCGGGUGAGAGAACGAGUGCCUGCGUAUGUGUACGUGAUACAGGUGCACGCGCGUACACGCUCAGCCGCGAGCGAUACGUGGACGAAUGCGUUAUAAUGUCCACGUACGUAUCGAUUAAAUAUUUUGAGAAUCGAGGAAUAAUCAGUGUGACCUAGUGGUGAACCGCGAGGGAUCGGUGUUCCCGUCGCCUGCAAGUUUCCGUGUCAAGUGUCCGCCAUCGAGUCUCCUCGUUCCACUGAAUCGACGUCCGACCCGCUCGGGAAGAUCGUUUAAAAGUUGGAUUUCCUGGGGCCCCGGAGAGAAGCGAGAAGAAGGAAACGUUGAUCGCCAGCACCGCCGCCGACGUGAAUCCGACGCUGAAUUAAAAACAGAAGGAAAAUGUCGUCGGUAAAGGUGGCGGUGAGGGUACGGCCCUUCAACAAUCGGGAGAUCGUCCGCGAAGCACAAUGCAUCAUCGAAAUGACCGGCAACACUACUUCGAUAUUGAACCCCAAGGCGCCGCCGGGCACCAAAGAUGCGAUCAAGAGUUUCAAUUACGAUUAUUCCUAUUUUUCCAUGGACCCGAACGAUGGAAAUUAUUCUUCGCAACUAAUGGUCUACAAAGAUAUCGGCGAAGAGAUGCUGGAGCAUGCUUUCGAGGGAUACAAUGUCUGUAUAUUCGCGUACGGGCAAACCGGUGCCGGUAAAUCGUACACGAUGAUGGGCAAGCAGGAAGAGGGUCAAGAGGGGAUAAUACCACAAAUUUGCAAGGACCUCUUUAGAAAAAUCAGCCGCAAUUCAAACGAGUGCCUCAAGUAUUCGGUGGAAGUCAGUUACAUGGAAAUAUAUUGCGAGAGGGUGCGGGAUUUAUUGAAUCCUAAGAACAAAGGGAACCUCCGGGUUCGGGAGCACCCUUUGCUCGGGCCAUACGUCGAGGACCUGUCGAAAUUAGCGGUGAUGUCCUAUCAAGAUAUUCACGAUCUCAUCGAUGAAGGCAACAAAGCAAGAACGGUGGCAGCGACGAACAUGAAUGAGACGUCUAGCAGAUCUCACGCCGUGUUCACGAUAUUCUUCACGCAGCAGAAGCAGGACUCAGCGACUGGGUUGGUCACAGAAAAAGUGAGCAAGAUCUCGUUGGUCGACUUGGCCGGUUCCGAAAGGGCUGACUCGACCGGGGCUAAGGGCACGAGGCUAAAAGAAGGUGCCAACAUUAAUAAAAGCUUGACUACCCUCGGGAAAGUGAUCAGUGCCCUAGCAGAAAUCGCGGCGACUAAAAAGAAGAAGAAGGCUGAUUUCAUUCCGUACAGAGACUCCGUUCUAACGUGGCUGCUGCGGGAGAAUCUCGGUGGUAAUUCGAAGACAGCGAUGAUUGCGGCAGUCAGUCCGGCAGACAUCAAUUACGAUGAGACUCUCUCCACUCUACGAUACGCGGACAGAGCGAAGCAGAUUGUUUGCAAGGCGGUUGUCAACGAAGACGCGAACGCGAAACUUAUCCGGGAGCUCAAAGAGGAGAUUCAGAAGCUACGGGAGUUGUUGAAACAAGAGGGUAUUGACGUGCAAGAAGGGCCAGAUGGCAAAGUCACAUAUGAAAAGAAAGAACCUAGAGACGAAAUCGUACGCGCGACCAAGCGCGAGGAUGACGUGAAGGAAGUCCGACCUAGGAUCCCGUCUCACACCACGUCUACUUUAGCCGAAGAAGCAGUGGAUCAACUUCAAGCUUCAGAGAAACUAAUAGCAGAACUGAACGAGACUUGGGAAGAGAAGCUGAAACGAACUGAACUGAUUCGUUUACAACGCGAGGCGGUGUUCGCCGAGAUGGGAGUAGCUGUGAAAGAAGACGGUGUCACGGUCGGGGUCUUCUCUCCAAAGAAGACACCCCACUUGGUGAAUCUGAAUGAAGAUCCGCUGAUGUCCGAAUGUUUGAUUUACUACAUCAAGGACGGAUUCACGCGUAUCGGCAGCGCCGAAGCUAACAUCCCGCAAGACAUUCAGCUGUGCGGUCCUCAUAUAUUGAGCGAGCACUGCGUGUUCGAUAAUCACGACGGCGUCAUUACUUUGAUCCCGAAGAAGGGCGCGUUAAUUUACGUGAAUGGUCGCGAGGUCAUCGAACCGAUCAUACUGAAAACCGGAUCUCGUGUGAUUUUGGGAAAGAAUCACGUAUUCAGAUUCAAUCAUCCUGAUCAAGUUCGCGAGCGACGAGAGAAAGGGUCGCCCGCCGAAACCCCUGGAAACGGAGAGACGGUCGAUUGGAACUUCGCCCAGAUCGAGUUGCUGGAGAAGCAGGGAAUCGAUCUGAAGGCUGAGAUGGAGAAGAUACUUCUUGUUAUGGAAGAACAGUUCCGUAAGGAGAAGGAAGAAGCGGAUCAAUUGUUCGAAGAGCAGAGAAAGAGCUACGAGGCUCGUAUAGACGCGUUGCAAAGGCAAGUCGAAGAGCAGAGCAUGACGAUGUCGAUGUACAGCAGCUACACGCCAGAAGACUUCAACAACAUCGAGGAGGAUAUCUUCGUCAACCCCUUGUUUGACGCAGAGAGCAACUGGACCGAGAGAGAGUUCCAGCUGGCCGCUUGGGCCUUCCGCAAGUGGAAGUACCAUCAGUUCACAAGUCUUCGGGACGAUCUAUGGGGCAACGCUAUAUUCCUCAAAGAAGCUAACGCUAUUUCUGUCGAACUCAAAAAGAAGGUACAAUUCCAAUUUACUUUGCUCACGGACACACUUUACUCGCCGCUUCCCUCGGACCUUCUACCCGCGGCAGAUGACGAAGAAGAGGAGGAGAGGCCAUUCCCGCGCACGAUAGUCGCGGUCGAGGUUCAAGACACAAAGAACGGCGCGACGCAUUAUUGGACCCUCGAUAAACUCAGACAACGCUUGGAGUUGAUGCGACACGUGUACAACGAGGACUCGAGCCCCAGCACUCCGGAGGCCAAAGAGGAUAUAUUCCAAUGUCUAACCGCCUACUCUAAUCCGAAGUUCUCGCUCGCAAAUCUUUUGCCUUCGAGACAAAGACUCGAACUGAUGCGAGAAAUGUAUCACAACGAGGCUGAACUGUCCCCAACAUCCCCGGAUUUCAACAUCGAGUCGAUCACUGGCGGCGAUCCAUUUUACGACCGUUUCCCAUGGUUCCGAAUGGUUGGCAGAUCGUUCGUCUAUCUGAGCAAUCUUAUGUAUCCGGUGCCGUUGAUCCACAAAGUAGCGAUAGUCAACGAAAAGGGAGACGUGAAAGGCUACUUGCGCGUGGCCGUACAGGCCGUUGUUGAAGAGGAAAACAGCGAAUAUUCAAGCGGCGUCCGGCAAUCCGCUCGAAUUUCCUUCGAGGACGACUUGUUCGGCAAUCACAAACAGAACAAGCGUAAUACCUUACUGACACAGACUCUGGAAAAGAAUCGGCAAAUUUUGUUGCACGAGGAACGCGUCGUCGAGGGUCACAACGAACAGAAAGAGACGAAGGAAGAGGACGAUAUCGGGGAUGCGGACAGCGGCAAGGGAGACAGCUCGGUCUCCAGCGACAUGAAGGAUGAAGAACUUCCCGAUCAUCUGCAACUCGGCUCCGAGUUCACGUUUAGAGUGACCGUACUGCAGGCAAUGGGCAUAUGUACCGAAUAUGCUGACAUAUUUUGCCAGUUCAAUUUCUUACACCGUCACGACGAAGCAUUCUCAACAGAGCCAGUGAAGAAUACAGGGAAAGGAAACCCGCCGGGAUUCUAUCACGUGCAAAAUAUCACGGUUACUGUCACGAAAUCCUUCUUGGAAUACUUGAAGACCCAACCGAUCGUCUUCGAAGUGUUUGGACACUACCAGCAGCAUCCUCUGCAUAAAGAUGCCAAACUCGAAUACGUGAGACAACCACCGAAGAGAAUGCUUCCGCCAUCCAUACCGAUCAGUCAGCCCGUGCGCUCGCCGAAAUUCGGGAGCGUUUUACCGUCACCGAGUACGUCGCACGUGCACGCGAAAUACGACGUGCUGGUGUGGUUCGAAAUCUGCGAAUUGGCGCCGAACGGCGAGUACGUGCCGUCGGUGGUCGACCACAGCGACGAUUUACCCUGUCGGGGACUAUUCUUGCUACAUCAGGGAAUUCAACGUCGUAUCCGAAUCACCAUUGUCCACGAACCAGCUUCUGAGCUCCGAUGGAAGGACGUGAGGGAAUUAGUCGUCGGGCGUAUUAGAAAUACGCCGGAACCGGAAGAAGAGGACAACGAUUCAUCGGUACUCUCGUUAGGUCUUUUCCCUGGAGAAUAUCUCGAAGUACCAGGCGACGACAGGACCAUGUUUAGAUUCGAAGCUGCAUGGGACAGCUCUCUUCACAAUUCCGUGUUACUCAACCGAGUGACGGCAUACGGAGAACAGAUCUUCAUGACAAUUUCCGCGUAUCUUGAGUUGGAAAAUUGCGGAAGACCCGCGAUUAUCACAAAGGACCUGAGCAUGAUAAUCUACGGCAGAGACGCCCGAGUUGGGCCGCGUUCUCUGAAGCACUUGUUCAGCGGAACUUACCGCAAUCAGGAAGCGAACAGGCUCAGCGGUGUUUACGAGCUGGUCCUGCGUCGUUCUUCGGAAGCAGGUAGCCCAGGAGUUCAAAGGCGGCAACGACGAGUAUUGGACACUAGUUCCACGUACGUCAGAGGGGAAGAGAAUCUCCACGGAUGGAGACCCCGGGGCGACAGUCUAAUAUUCGACCAUCAAUGGGAGUUAGAGAAGCUCACGAGAUUAGAAGAGGUGGAAAGAGUCAGACACACGUUGCUGUUACGAGAGAAACUAGGCAUCGACAAGGUCUUGUUCUGCAACAAACUGUCGCACGAUUUCACGAAGAGCGAGAAGGAGGUUUGUAAUAUGAUGGCGAAGGCGACGAACGAACCGCACGCCAGCCCGGUCAAGUUGAAGCGCUCGACGAGUAAAGACGUGUACGAGCCUUGGGAGAUGACCGACCGGGAAAAGGAACUAGCCACCAAAUACAUUAAACUCAUUCAAGGCCGUAUCCCGAGCAAAGAACCGCUUCUAAUGUCCGACGUAUCGCCCGGCGAGGACACUGAUAUGUCGACGUCGAUGAUGUCCUCGGUGAUAUCGUCCUCGUCUCAAGAGUCAGUAUACGAGAGAGCUAGCGAUUACUUAGAGCAGGCCGCUGGUAUAAUAGUAUGGAGCAGGUCUAAGUCGUGCAUCCUUAGGUUAAGCUCACCGGAAAGGGCUAGACUGCAGGAACUGCAGGAGAGCAUACUGGCAAGCGAGUCGGCUAACAAUCAAACGUGUAGCAUCGCGCCGGCCCCGUUGGGAUCCUCCUCGCCGUCGAAGGAGAAUUUGGUACUCUACGUGCCGGAAGUUGAGGAGAUUCGUAUCAGUCCGGUGAUCGCCAGGAAAGGAUACCUGAACGUUCUCGAGCAUAAGACGAACGGCUGGAAGAAACGCUGGGUGGCUGUGCGACGACCGUACGUUUUAAUCUUCCGAGAGGAAAAGGACCCGGUAGAAAGAGCUCUCAUUAAUUUAGCUACUGCUCAAGUUGAAUAUUCGGAAGAUCAGUUAGCUAUGGUGAAAGUACCAAACACCUUCAGCGUCGUUACAAAGCAUCGAGGCUACUUGUUGCAAACUUUAGGGGACAAAGAAGUUUACGACUGGCUGUACGCUAUUAAUCCUCUUCUCGCUGGUCAAAUCAGGUCGAAGUUAGCACGCAAAGGACCGGUAUCCACGAAUCUAAACAACGCUUCGCCUGUUGGUCUGACCCCGUCGGUGGAUCAACAAUCGAAUCAAAAUAAGUGAGUGGCCGACGCGUUGGCCGAGGUAACGAGUGCCAUUUCGAAAGCCUCCGAGAAGAUACUAUGCUGGUCGCACUCGGCCCUCGAGUCCCACGAUCUCUGUAGCUUUCGAUUUUCGGUAGUCUUCGAUUAUUAAACAAAACAAGCAAAAAAAGUCUCGGCAAAAAAAGCGUACUAUAUGUAUACAUCGAUUGGCUACCAAGCGUCGAUAGCCGACGUUUAAUUAUCUCGCGGCAUAUGAUUUAAUUAAUCGUCAGCCCCUUCACUCCUGUCGAUCGAACAGACAAAUACAAAGAGAAGUAAUUUUCGGCGAACAAUACGGAGGGAGAAUCAUUAUCGAUGUUCGAAUUGCAUUGAAAUCGUUACUUUCGAAUCGCGGGCUCCUCUUCCAUGAUCUCUCCGUGCGUUUCGCGACACGAAACGUUAUCAAACGUCGACGAGGUAAUCUCUGUAUGCGAGCCCGCGACACCGCUCUCAACACUUAUUUCGAUACUUCUCAAUAUCUAGUCGGUCGAGCGAUUCUUUUAAGCGUGAAACGCGUAUGGCGAGGCGAGGAACGUGUUUAUGCCUAAAUAAAACAUUCCUAAGACGAUCAUAGAAAACGAGGCACUUGUAGGUAUAUUCAUUAAACGCGAAGACGCGGUGCGAGAGGACGGAAGAAAGAAUGGGCGAGGACGAGCUUAGGCGACUGUAGCGUUAUGUUACGAGGUUUGCGUGUUCAUGCUUGGGAGAGCGAAAGGGGGAGACCAAGAAAGGGUGCGAUUUCGAACGAAUUCAACCCGGUAAUCGUUGAACUAUUCAUUGUUACCAUAAUAUGUUUUUGUAAUUACAUUUGUCACGUCGAAAUAAUUUCUUCUCUCUCUUGUUUCGUGUUGCUCUAAAAUAUUCUGAAUACUUGAGCCACAGUACUGUUCUCGACGCUGUAGACUCGUAUUCGUACGAGCUGACCGAGGAAAACGUCUAUCUGAAAUCUUAGCGCAACACGGACGACUUUCAGUAUUAUUUAGAUAUUAUUUUUUAAUUUAUUUCUAGUAUAAACGUUCGUUCAUCUAUGAAUAUUAUAUUCUGGUCGCCUCGAUAUAUUUUUCUUAAUUUAUUUAGUUACAUUCCGAUUUUUUAUCGAGAGGUCACAGGAGAGACGAUUACCGCCGGGACGAGAAACACGAGGCGGAUUAUUUUCUCUGUCAUUUAUACGCGGUGGUCCAUGCGAAAGCGCGCCCCGCUUCUGUUACCGUUUUUGCUUAAUAACUGUUGUAGAAUCUAAUAGUUUUAUUUUGUUAAACGACGACACGCGAAUCGGCGAGAUACGAGGAACCGUGAACGAUCGAACGAGUUGUACGCUCUCGGCGCUUUUAACCCUUUGAAGCAAACAUUUAAACGAAGCGAUGCGUAUGCAAUUUCCUUUUUAAACACCGCCACUGUGUCAUUGAUCGGUUCGAUUAUCAUUAUGUUAAACUCUUUUGUAUAGUAGCGAUUCGAAUGUAAUUAUACUAGUUCCCGGCCGAGGAAGGGGAUAAUUUGUAAAUUGGAAUUGCGAACGCAUUUACGUGACAUCGUUAAAUAGAUGUAUAUGUAUAUUUAGUAGUCCGAAACUUGACUCGCAUAAUUGCAAUACGGUUUGAGGAUGGAACGGUAUCUAUCUCGAUAUUUAUACCGGGGGUGAUGAUAAAUUUAAUUUCAGGAAAAAUACUGUCUCCAGGUGCAACUUAUGGACAAUAUACUACCAUGACAAAAUUAAUUAUAAUUUCACUAUCGCCCCUAAUUGUAAUUAAAUCUAAUAAUUAGCAAUUCCACUGAGACAGUCGGAACGCUGGAGGAAGCUAGUCAUGUUUAACUCAUCCGCCUAGUACGUGUAAACGUUGAAAAGUGCAAUAAUGGUUUCUAAAGCUAAACAAUGUAUCAAUGUUUAACCGAUUGAUUUACAGCGGUUCAGUGUCGGCUAAAUUAUUGUUAUUUAUGUUUAAUGCGAUGUAAUAAAGAGAUUCGAGAUCCUAAAUAAAAUUAGGAAUGAUAGAAUCCGUGUAACAUAAAUAUAAUAAGAGAUAUGCAACGUUCGUAAUUACCCAUGAAGGCAACCAUAAAUAAUAUUUGAUGAAAUCUGAAUUGAAUUACGCAAAGGAUGUACUCUCGAUGUAUCGCUAUUUUUUAAGACGUUCGUUAUAUUCUACAGGUAUAAUUGUACUUUGACAGAAGCUAGAAUUAAAAAGUGUAGAUUUUACGUAACGCGCUUUUACACGAAGUAAAAGGAUGAAAGUGGACGCGCGCCGCUACACUUUUCUUUUUUCCAACGUGCAUAGAACGGAGAUUUAUAAAACUGUGCAGAGGAAUAUAACACGCACGUACAAUAUAAAUACGUAAUAUGCGUAUAACAAAUAUAUACCGAGUAUUACUUCUUACGAUGCAUACCAUUUAUAUUCGAAUGUGUUGUUUGAGUAUACCGUUCGUUUGUUACACUUAUAUAUAUAUAUAUAUAUAUAGACGAUAAUUAAAAUUGUGCAUAUGAAUAAAGGUGAAGCAAGAAUAAGAGGAGAGAGGAAACUGUUGCUUCAGGGGGUUAAAUUCACGUUAAUUUAUUAUUAAUGUUCGAGGAGCGGAGGAGGAAAAAUGGGAACCAAGAAAUUACGUAAAUAAAAGUGGACCGAGGAGGACAGCGGGCGUCGCGGAUAGAAAUGCGGACACGCCGUCGGUAAGAUUUAAUGAUCAUUGUUGUUAUUAGAGAUCGAAAUACGAGAUUAAAAAAGGAAAGGAAGAGACGAGGAGGCGGGAGAAACGGAAGAGUUGAAAGAGAAAACGGGAGAGAAUGGAGAAGCGCGCCCGAGAGAACGAGAGAGAGUGAGCGAAAGGGAUAGCGCGAAAGAACAUGUUAGCUUAUAUAUAAAUAUAUAUAUAUACCUUAUACAGAUAAAGUAUAUUAUAUAAAUGAUAUAUAAAUAAAUUUAAUAUUACCGUAAGGAUUUUGUCAAACGUCAAGGAUCAUCGUGGUCGCACGAAGUAAGGGUUACGAUGAUUUCAAUCUGUACCAAGUAUGUAAGUUCAUCUACUUGUUUGUAAGGUAAACACUAAAGAAGACUCUAUUGCUAAAAAAAAGGAAACCAGAAACAUUUUCGUUUACGGUCGUUUGCUAUGAGAACAUGCAUCGAUGCAGUAACUUGUAUUUAUUAUUGUUAUUAACAUUAACUAUUAUUAUUAUUAUUAUUAUUAUUAUUCGAUUUUUCGCUAGGCUCACUGUAAGUGGUAACGUGUAAUAAAUCGGUCAAUAAAAAGCUUACAUGCUUAACGAA